CGCGCCGCAACUAUUUUGGCGCGCCAUGCACAGUAAUCGGCCCUGGCCUGACCAGAUAUAACACUUUGCAAUUCGCGUUCUUUGUCUCAUAUUUCUUGCCUCACUCGAGUCAUGAAGCCCGCGGCCGCCCCCUCGCCAGAGGGCUCGAUGAAACGAAAGAAAACAGAAGAUGACGACGACUCGAGCGGCGCCAACAAGAAAUCGAGGACAAGAGUGAGCUAUUCCUGUGGGGAGUGUCAUCGACGCAAGCAAAAGUGUGAUCGCCAGAUACCAUGCUCCCAUUGCGUCGCCCGUAAGGUUCCCGAACUGUGCAAGGCCUAUACCCCAGGAAAGCCGGACCAGGAUAUACACCUUCGUCUGGCAAGGCUCGAGCACAUCAUCGAGACUGCGCUCCCUCAGUAUGCUUCGACUCUCAAUGGACUUUCGCCCCUGAGCAGCAUUCGUGACCACCAACGCUCGAGGUCCCCAAGCCAGGCCGACGAUGGUCAUUCAAACUCUCCAGAACAAGAUCCACACGGCGGUUCGUUCCAGAGCGGAAGAUGGUAUGGGAACAGCGCGUCGGGCAGUGUUGCACCAGCUUCGGUAUUGGAACAACUGCAACAAGUAGUGUCUACGCCCGAUGCUGGAGGUCGAGGUCGAAGUAUGAGCAAUGCGAACGGAAAUCUCCUGUAUCCCGACACUCUUGACGGAAAGGCGAUCGUCGCAGCCAACUCUAUCAUCGACUCGGUUCGCCAGGACUCGGAACCAACAGCUGCAGAUAAUCUGAAGACCUUGAUACAAGACUGUGGGGUCUCCCCACAUAAAAUUACAGAGCUCGUCCAGGAGCUCCCUCCACAGCGGUUUAUGGGUGUGCUUGUGGACUACUACUUCGACACAGUAAAUUGGACACGAUAUCCCAUAUCAGAACGAGACUUCCGACAGUCGUAUGCUUCGCUGGUAGAAAAUGGUGUAGCUGCGCAUCCGAACGACGUUCGCUUCCUUCCCCUCCUUUUCGUUGUCCUCGCCAUUGCUGUGCGGUUAGCACCCGAGAACAUAGCUGGAGAUGCUAGAAGUCGACGGCUCACCUCUCUCCGAUACUAUUGGGCAUCCCGCCGGUCCGUCUUGAUAGCAGCUGCCAUACAGCCAGAUUCUCUGGACAUGGUCCUCACACGGCUUUUGAGUGCUCGAUUCCUGACGUUCGAUCGUCGUAUCACUGAAGUCUGGAGUCAAUUGGGUGCAGCUGUGCGGACCGCACAAGCCCUUGGUCUACACAGAGACGGAGCAGACAUGGGUAUGGAGCCUGCACAAGUCGAAUACCGACGACGGAUAUGGGCAUACCUAUAUCAUGCAGACCGCUCUUAUGCUCUCGUCCUGGGACGGCCGAAUGCUAUUCAGGAUGCAUACACAUCAACCAAGCCACCAUCCAACGUCGAAGACGAGAUUUCCCUUUCUGACAUUCGUAACCCUCCGCCGCUCACAACACCUACACGCAUGUCUUUCGUCAUCCUCCGGCAUACGCUUGCAGAGAUCAUUGGGCGUAUAGUACACCAUUUCCAGCAGGUCCGACAACACAGUCACUAUUCGGAAGUUCUAGCGCUCGACGAUGAGCUCAUCAAAUUCGUACAUGCCCUUCCUCCACAUUUCUCUCUACAACCCGAUACCUCUAUGGACGAAACUAUUCCUUGUAUCCCAUCUCAUCGUUUCCUCCUCAUCACCGAAGUCCUCUUCGUCCGCAUUAGUCUUCAUCGGCCGUACCUCCUCCGACGCCUCACGUCCGAUCGUUACCUUCGCUCGCGCAAGGCAUGUUUCGAAUCUGCGCAGAAAGAUUUCGAGAUUCGGCAAGCGUUCAGGAAGACGGUUUCGAACGACCUCGCGGAUUCGUUGCACAGUGCGUAUAGGGAGUUCCAGGGCGCCAUGAUCAGCGGCAUCUACCUCGUCCUCGAACCCCGAGGCCGACAGGCGGAAACCAUGCACGCGAUACUGGACUUCUUCCUGAAGGAACACGAAGGACUGCGGGAGAUGGACGAGACUACGCGGAGAGAGCUGAAAAUCAUCGAGUUUCUGAAGAUGAAAGCUUCACAAGCAGAGGAGGAAGCGGGGACUAAUGGUAUUCCACACGAGAACGGAUCCAAGGGCCCUCUCGGUUUCUCCAUAGGCUCCCCGUCGUACCCAUCACUCCAUGUCAACACUUCCACGGUAUCUCCCCGCAUGGCCGCGGACGUGACAUCGCCCAAGGCUGCCACUUUCUACCAGCAGCAGCCUGCUAUUCAGCGCAUUCAACAACAAUCUGCGCCGAGCGAAGGACAUGAGACGUCGAAGUCAGGUAGUCCAUCGAUGGACGACGAGUCAGGAGCGGCACAGAAUUUGUUGGAUGCGUGGUAUAACUCUGUCAGCAGCGGUGCGGUGAGCGGGGGUCCUGGUGUUGGAGGUUCGGGCGUGGACGGUGUGACGGGAUUGGUGGGUUUGCCGUGGGGUGGACAAGGAUUCGGGAAUAGUGAUCUUACCGGGUGGUUUGGCCCUACCGCUACAGCUCCUGGUGUCGACCCCACGGCGAUGCCGAUGUUGGACGGGUCAGACUGGAAUUAUUGGGAGAAUUUGGUGAACGAGAUUCGUGGUGGGCCUCCUCCGUAGAUGGUGGCAGAGCCUUGUCUUAUUUUCUGUAUAUCAAGUCGACGACCGUUUUGUGAUGUUCUUUGUGUGUACCCAUACUAGAUUGGUGUUUUUGAGUGUGUUUUGUGAUGUACGAUGGUGGUCGGUUUAUGUCUUUCUAUAAUGCCUUUUCAUGUCUUCGCCGUUCUCGUUGGUUGACCUCGUCCUUUUUGUUAUGUUUAUUUCUGU